GGGCCCAUGUGAUCUGUCACAUGACAGCAGAUCUGCAGAAAGGCGGAAUGGGACUCAGAACCUGCCUCCUAGGGCUCCUUGCCCUCAUCGUCGCCAGCAAAGGUAGUUACAGCCCAGAGCCUGACCAGCGGAGGACGUUGCCCCCAGGCUGGGUGUCCCUGGGCCCUGUGGACCCUGAGGAAGAGCUGAGUCUCACCUUUGCUUUGAGACAGCAGAAUCUGGAGAGACUCUCGGAGUUGGUACAGGCCGUGUCGGAUCCUGGCUCUCCUCGCUACGGAAAAUAUCUAACCAUAGAGGAUGUGGCUGAGCUGGUCCGGCCAUCACCACUUACCCUCCACACAGUCAAAAAAUGGCUUUUGGCAGCUGGAGCCCGGAACUGCAAUUCAGUGACCACACAGGACUUUCUGACUUGCUGGCUGAGUGUCCGACAGGCAGAGCUGCUGCUCCCUGGGGCUGAAUUUCAUCGUUAUGUGGGGGGACCAGCAAAGAUCCAUGUUGUAAGGUCCCUACGUCCCUACCAGCUCCCUCAGGCCUUGGCCUCUCAUGUGGAUUUUGUGGGGGGACUACACCGCUUUCCCCCUACAUCAUCUCUGAGGCAACGCCCCAAGCCACAAGUGGCAGGAAGCGUUGGCUUGCACUUUGGAGUGACUCCAUCCGUGAUUCGUGAGCGAUACAACCUGACAGCACAAGAUGUGGGCUCUGGCACCACCAACAACAGCCAGGCCUGUGCCCAGUUUCUGGAGCAGUACUUCCAUGACUCAGAUCUUGCUGAGUUCAUGCACCUCUUUGGUGGCAACUUUGCACACCAGACAUCAGUAGCCCGAGUGGUUGGCAAACAGGGCCGAGGCCGGGCAGGGAUCGAGGCCAGUCUGGAUGUGCAAUACCUGAUGAGUGCUGGUGCCAAUAUCUCCACAUGGGUCUACAGUAGCCCUGGACGGCAUGAGGCACAGGAGCCCUUCCUGCAGUGGCUCCUCCUGCUCAGUAAUGAGUCAUCCUUGCCACAUGUGCAUACUGUAAGCUAUGGUGAUGAUGAAGACUCCCUCAGCAGUGCCUACAUCCAGAGGGUCAACACCGAGCUCAUGAAGGCUGCCAGCCGGGGUCUUACCCUGCUCUUUGCCUCAGGUGACAGUGGAGCUGGGUGUUGGUCUGUCUCUGGAAGACACCAGUUUCGUCCUAGUUUCCCGGCCUCCAGCCCCUAUGUCACCACAGUAGGAGGCACUUCCUUCCAGAAUCCUUUCCGUGUUACAAAUGAGAUAGUUGACUAUAUCAGUGGUGGUGGCUUCAGCAACGUGUUCCCACGGCCUUCAUACCAGGAGGAAGCUGUAGUCCAGUUCCUGAACUCUAGCCCUCACCUGCCACCAUCCAGUUACUUCAAUGGUAGUGGCCGUGCCUACCCAGAUGUUGCUGCACUUUCUGAUGGCUACUGGGUGGUCAGCAACAGUGUGCCUAUUCCAUGGGUUUCUGGAACCUCGGCCUCUACUCCAGUGUUUGGGGGACUCAUAUCCUUGAUAAAUGAACACAGAAUCCUUAGUGGCCACCCCCCUCUUGGCUUUCUCAACCCAAGGCUCUAUCAGCAGCGUGGAGCAGGACUCUUCGAUGUAACCCACGGCUGCCAUGAGUCCUGUCUGAAUGAAGAAGUGGAAGGUCAGGGUUUCUGCUCUGGCCCUGGCUGGGAUCCUGUGACAGGCUGGGGAACACCCAACUUUCCAGCUUUACUGAAGACAUUACUCAAUCCUUGACUCUUUCCUGCCAGGAAAGCUGACUUGUCUUCUGUCCUGUGAUUGGUGAAUCAGUUCCUUAUUCUGCCUUUUUGGAAGCCCUACUGAAUCCUCAAAAAUUGCAGACAGCUCAUCUCCCUAACUCUGAAAUGCUGUGUCAGCUUGGCUUCACUCCCCACCCUACCCUGCACCUUCAUAUUCAGGUGUCCUUACUCCUGCCUCGGGAUUCCUCAACAAGAUGAUAUAACCAGAAAUUUUUGUCUGCCCUUCCCUUCACCUCUUCCUCUUUUCAACCAGAGAUGUGAAUACAGGGUGAGGACGUGGUCUGUCAUUACUGGUUACAGCAGGCUCAGAUCUGAUGACCACCACUUCAUGUUUGCUCCUCAAUUCACUGCAAUAAGACCUCUGCUCUCAUCUUUUAUUCUUUCCUCCCCUGAUGCUAAGAAACAAUGGCCUAUUUGCUGCUUCAUCCAGUGCAAACUACUCAAUCUUUCCUUGAUGGUUUUUCCAUUAUAGUUGCCCACUUAUUCCCUUUAACUUCUAGUGCAUAACUUCUCUUACCACUCUUGUCUUCCUCCUUCACAGCUUCACCUGCUCUGCUUCCUCUUGGAAUACUGGUGUUCUUCAUUGCUCCAUUCUUAGUCUUUGGCUCUUAUCAUUUUAAUCAUUGUCUCCUGGAACAAAUUACUAGCAUCUAUAGCUAUCCCCAUCUUACUAAAUAAGAUUUUCUAUCCAGUAAUGAUUGAUACUCAAAUGUAAGAUAUGCAAUACUUGAAACUUCAUCUCCUUUCACGCAACCUCAAACUAUUCCAUCUUUUGUUUCUUCUUGGUAAAUGAUACUAUACUUUUUCCAAUCAAGCCAGAAACCCAUGUCCCUUGACUCUCAUUUUCUUCAUCCCCCAGCUACCUUAAAUCAACAAGUCCUACUGAUAUUACCUCUUAAAUAUAUCUUUAUCGAUGCAAAAGUCCUUCCAAUUAUAUUUCUUAAGAACAUCUGAAUUUAUUUUUCUCUUUCCAUCCCCACUGCUACUAUAUUAGCUUGAAGCCAUAUUCUUUCUCCUCUAAAUUACAGAAAACCCUUGUAAAAAUAGUGUCCUUACUUUUUUACAUCCCUAUUCCACCUUCUAGAGUGAAAUACAAAUCCCAUGAAGCCAUUUGCCUGAUAGAAAUGCUUUGAAGAUUACUAGAUGAUGUUAAGGUAGUGGGCGGUGGGCAGUGAAGAAAAUGAGAGUCAAGGGACAUAGGUUUCUGGCUUGAUUGGAAAAAAUUUGAUCCUGAGUAGCAAAUCAUUGUUCCUCUAUCUGCCCCAAGGGCCAAGAAACUCUUACCCUAGCUGAAGCUCUCCAGUGCCCAGAACACCACCCCCUGAUACAACUGCCUCCAUGAUUUACAUGAUUCUUUCAAGACUCAGCUCAGAAAUCACUUUCUAAUUCCCCGAGGCUAGCUGAUUUUGGUAUGGCAGAAAAAAUCAUAAACUUUCAAAACCAAACCUGGUUGAAUCUUGGUUUUGUAGGAGAGAAACUUGGACAAGUAAAUUUAUCUGAGACCGUUUCCUCAUGUAAGUGGGGAUAUCACUACCUGCCUUUCAUAAUCAGGGAAUAAAAUUAAGUGGAAUCAUGUUGAUAGAGUGCCUGGCACCUGGAGGUGGGUAGCAUAUGUUCUCUUCCUCCCUUGCACUGCUCACCUGUGUCUACCUCUAGCAUUGUUAACUACAGCAGAGUAUUGAAAUUGCCAGUGUGUUAGUUUCCAAGACCGUUGGUGCCUAGAGGACUAGAAUUUUGUCCUAUUUAACGUGUAUUUCCAGGCUCUAGCUCAAGAGUUGACAAAUAAGAAUUAAAUAAAUGUUGUUGACAACCUCA